UGAACGGACAGCGCUUGUUGGUUGUUGGUCUCUCGCACACACAGAGUAGGCCCAAAGGAGUUUGGCUUUUCCGAGGGAGUUUGGCACAUGUUUUGGUUCCGCUGCAGCUUCAGCUUCUUUUUCACUCCGCUUCCAUCAGAAUUGUAUCUUUGUAUCUCCGUUUGUUCGGGCCAGUGUGUGUGGGCCAAAAAACUACCGCCCAAUUUUAGUGCCAAGUGACCAGAAAUUUAUACAGCACACCCCCAAAAAUUUAUCAUCCGGGGGACAGGACAAUCACAAAAGUCAACAACGGAAAGUGCAAAAAACUUAGAUUAGUCAUAGAUCAGUUACAAAAAAAAGGACAGCAACUUACGAAUUUCCCCGUGUGUGACAUACAAGUAUUAUAAAAAGAAAUAAAUAAAAACAACAACAGGUGUUUCAGCUUUAACAAUUGUCAAUGCCAAAGAACCCCUAAAUAAUUAAGCCUAGCAGCAGUAAUUAGUAGUUGUCCAUAAUUGAUAAGCAGAAACUUUCAUUUAGUGCGUGUCAAUUUGAAUAUUAUUUGUAUCUGUGUUUUGCGUGUACGAGUGUGCGUGUGUGUGUGUGUGAGUGCGUAGGGGUGUGUGUAUGUGUGUGAUUGCUGUGCUAGGCGCACGUGCAACGAAAGAUGGUCGAGGAGUUCCUGCAGAAGUUGCCAGAAAUCGACACACGCUACGAGGAUAUUGUGCCCAUGGAACAAGUGAGCUCGAUGGUAUCCAACGGCGGUGGCAGUGUGGCCAUGCAGCGCGACGAUGAGUACAGGAAUCGGAUCAUGAAAAGUAAGUGUGUCAGCGCCAAGAUAUCGGACCGCACCGACAGCCUGUGGCAAGCGACUGCCACCAGCAUGCAACAGCCACCUCCGCGGCACGGUCGACCUGCACCCCCGCACCAGCACAGUCAGUACCAGCACCAGCACCACAACCAGUGGCCACUGCACCACCAGAACCACCAGCAGGCACCGCGCACCACCGGCAGGCACACGAUGCUGGGCAGCAACCACAGUAGCCAGCGGGAGGCCAGUGUGUCGCCCCGCCGCGUGGCCCUCGACACCACCGCCUCGGGAUCCACCAGCGGAUUCGGGUUCGAUCGGGCGGACGAGGAAAUCAGCGAUAAGGCAUCAACAUGCGGAAAAUUGCUAAUAUUUCUCUCCGUGGCUCUUGUGAUAAUGACGUUACCCUUCAGUCUCUUCGUCUGCUUCAAGGUGGUGCAGGAGUACGAGCGCGCGGUUAUCUUCCGUUUGGGUCGCCUCAUGCAGGGCGGUGCCAAGGGCCCAGGUAUCUUCUUCAUCCUGCCCUGCAUCGACUCCUAUGCCCGCGUGGACUUGCGUACCCGCACUUACGAUGUGCCACCGCAGGAGGUUCUCACAAAGGAUAGCGUUACGGUUUCGGUGGAUGCAGUGGUUUACUAUCGGGUAUCAAAUGCAACGGUCUCUAUCGCGAACGUGGAGAAUGCUCACCAUUCGACCAGGCUACUGGCACAGACUACUCUACGAAACACAAUGGGAACUCGGCAUUUGCAUGAGAUACUCAGCGAGCGUAUGACGAUUUCCGGCACGAUGCAGGUUCAACUCGACGAAGCCACCGAUGCCUGGGGCAUCAAAGUUGAACGUGUUGAAAUCAAGGACGUGCGCCUGCCCGUGCAACUGCAACGUGCCAUGGCCGCCGAGGCAGAAGCCGCCCGAGAAGCCCGCGCCAAAGUCAUUGCCGCCGAAGGAGAACAGAAGGCGUCGAGGGCACUUCGCGAGGCGUCCGAGGUGAUUGGCGAUUCGCCGGCAGCCCUCCAGCUGCGUUACCUACAGACACUCAACACCAUAUCCGCGGAGAAGAACUCGACAAUUGUUUUCCCGCUGCCCAUCGAUUUAAUAACGUAUUUCCUGAAGACCAACGAGGCCUCAACGCAGAAGAAUGCUCGUGCGGCUGCGGCAGCAAUUGGCAAUACACCGCCGCCGUUGCAACUGGCACCGCAGCAGCAGCCAUUCCAACAGCAGCAGCCACAGCAAUUCCUGCAGGAUCCACAGCAGUCGCAGCAGCAAUACCAGCAGCAGCCGCAGCAGCAACUGCAACAGCAGCAGCAACAGCAGCCGCAACAACAACAGCAACUGCAGCAGCAACAAGCGCCUCAGCAACAACAAGAUCAACAUUAUCAACAGGGGCAGCAGAUCUCAUCAGCCAUGUAAAUCAGCUUAAGAUCAUUGAAGGUUCGGCUUUGUCGACUCCAAAAUGCCCUGCACAAAAGAAAACAGGAAAUGCUGGGGAUAAGCUUGAAGAUUGCACAUAAAGAUACCUCAGAGAUAUAAUAACAUCGAGGUCUUUUAAUAAUAAAAACUUAUCCGAAUAUCGAUUGAAAAAAAAGCUUAAAUCUCAACACGGGUGUGUUUCUUCAGUCGGCAAUAUUCCAUUUCAUAUUCUAGAACUAGGUAACUCUGACCACCUUAAAAAUAUGUUUCUCAAAUCCCCUCCCCCCUCCCCCCGAGAUGCAUGUUUUUGAGUUGCCAACUUUUAGAAAAUGAUCGCAAGAUAAGUAUUUAAUAUUAGGAGAAACAAAUGUAUUUUUUCUGUGGUUGAUAAAAAAGCAACCUUUAAGCAACACCCCUAAAAACAAUAUAAAGUCGAUUAUUUGUGCAGAGCAUUAUCAAAUACAAAAAACAAAAACAAACGGAAACAACGAUUCAAGAGAAUCAAAAACUUAGUUCAUAACACCGAUAAGUGCGAUUCGAAUGCGUUAGCCGGCAGCAGAUCCGUCGAAAAACGGGGGAUCUGAGGUCAAAUAGUUACGAAAAUACAAACCUAGAAUAGUUUCAUACGAGGCGAAAAAUAGAGUUUAAUAUUUGUAGCUUUACGACCAGAGGAUGCAAUUCUAAAUAUUAAAUGUAGGACUUAGCGGUGCAACUCAAGAUUACAACCACACAACAUUUAGAUCAAAGUAAAAUACUUAUUGUCAGCAAGCAGAUAUUCGAAAUUCAUAAUCUGUAGGCGCUCAGGUGAAAAUUCUAAAACCAACCAGUUCUGAAAGUCUCGAAUUACGAAAUUCGAAAUGGUCAAAAAUGGUUGGUUUGGUUUUGUAUUUUCACACCACGAACUGGGGGAUCCACAGAAUUUGUUUGUUUUUUAUUAAAUAUUCUACGAAGGUCCGUUUUCUUAAAACUUGUUAAUUGUUGAAUGGUAGACAAGUAUUUGGUUACUUUUGUAACCAUUUUAACGGUUUUUAACUAUUUUAACAGUUUUUAACCAAAGUUUCAGGGGUUACAAAAUUCGAUUUUUUGCACUUUUAAAAAACUUUUAGUUUAUAACUCCCAAUUGUUAAGAAGUAUUUGGUUUUUUUAUGUUUUCUUUAAGAAGGGUCAAAAAAAUGAAUAUUCUAACCCCUGCAAUUUUGAUACAAAUAUAUUCAAUACGAAACAUCACGAUCGUAAUUUUUUCCUACAACAUUAAAUUUAUUAAGAAAACGGGCCUACGUUGAACCAAAAUAACUCAUAAAACCGUUGACGAAGGCGUUUUGUAAAUGUUUAUCAGUAAGAUGUUUGACCUGUUAGUUAUGGAUGACUUGAUAUAUUGCUGUAUACUUAGCUAUGCAAAUUAACGUAUAAGACGUGAUCAGGUUAGACCGUAUAUACUAGAGUUAAAGUUGUCCACAAACCAAUUAAAACUUUAUAGGACUUUAAUAACUCUAAAUAUGAACAGUUGUACUCAAAUGGUACAUCCCACAUUCCUACAACUAAUACAACUGUUAAUCUGUUUCAACUGGAAUAAAUCCAGGAGACUAGACGAUUUGUUUUAUAGUUGUGGGCCUAUAAAUAUGUUUAAAGAUUUGACGCGUCUUUAAAAAUUUUACUAAGCCCACAUGCACAAAGCAAAUCUACUAGUCAGCAACGUUCGUAGGUCCAAAAUACGAAUGCCAAACAAUAAAUAAGAGUAAUACGAAUUUAUUGUACAUACAAUAAAUAAAUAGGUAUAGAGAUGUUUUACCACUUGAACUACUAAUUAAAAUGAAUGUUUAGAUUGGAUAUACACCACACACAAACACAAACACAAAGGAUGAAGAAGCUCUCUCUCGAAGUGGUAUGCGACCACUUAAAUACGUCUAUAGUGUCUGUAGAUGUCGAAAAAUAAUAAAUAACUAACUGAAAUGCAUUUGAAACACAAAAACGUUUACUUUUUAGCGCACUUCAUGGAUUAAAAAAAGAGUUAUUGAAUUAAUUAUAUAUACAUAUACGAGCGAUUACAUAACGAAUUACAUAUUAUGUACAAUUUUGCCUUUGAAAAAUUUUUAAACGGAAUCGAUUUCAUUAUCCGCAUACGAUUAGAUAUAUGUGUAAAGGAACAAUAAAAUUUCUUCAACUUUUUUGGUAUCCAAAAGAGCAAAAACAAAAAGCAAA